UGUUUGUACAUUAUUACCGGGUUGGGCGGGCCCCGUCUGGGAGGGGUUUGUGGGUGAGCCCCGGGUACCCCGCCCGCUGAGGAGAUGGAUGAGGACGGGCUUCCUCUCAUGGGGUCAGGCAUAGACCUGACCAAGGUGCCAGCUAUUCAACAGAAAAGAACGGUGGCAUUUCUAAACCAGUUUGUGGUGCACACUGUACAGUUCCUCAACCGCUUUUCUACAGUUUGUGAGGAGAAACUGGCAGACCUUUCUCUUCGUAUCCAGCAAAUUGAAACAACUCUCAAUAUUUUAGAUGCAAAGUUGUCAUCUAUCCCAGGCCUAGAUGAUGUCACAUUUGAAGUAUCUCCUGUAAGUGUCACUGGUAUCACAAAAGAAUCACAUUCUGAAACCACUUCAGAGAAAUCACAGCAGAACAGUUUACAAGACUCUGGACCACAGGAAAGUGAAGUAACACCAGAAAAUAUCUUAACUGUAGCCAAGGAUCCAAGAUAUGCCAGAUAUCUCAAAAUGGUUCAAGUGGGUGUUCCAGUGAUGGCAAUAAGAAACAAAAUGAUAUCAGAAGGACUAGACCCAGAUCUUCUUGAGAGGCCAGAUGCUCCAGUGCCUGAUGGUGAAGGUGAAAAAAAUACAGAAGAAAGUUCAGACAGUGAAUCUUCUUUUAGUGACUAAGCUUAAUUUUGAUAACAGUUACAUAUACAUGUACAUGAGCAGCCCAACAGGACCAGUUGGCAGCUGUAGCUUCAGUUUUGUGGAGUCCUUACAGUGCUUCCUGGUGGAAGUGUGCGAGCUUCUUCCCUUUACCCUGUCAGGAUACAGGACCUCCAGUCCAGCAAAGCCUAAGGUGGUAGGAAUGGGAAACACAUUCUACAAGUAGCUCACUGGGAAUGGUGGUAAGAAAGGCCAGUCCUAUUUCUAUCCUCUUGGUUCCUGCACCUCGCAGUUGGGGACAUGGCAUCAUAUAUUGGCUAUUGGUAUAGUACAUGUAUCAUGUCCUGGUAAGUGGGAUCUUAAUCCUACAGGAUGUUAUACCUGAGCUGAUGCCUAAGCUGACCCUAUAAUAGGUCAUUUCAUUGUUCUAGAUUAACUGCUUCUGGAUAAUGAUGUAUAUGUAGAUUCAUUGAUCUAAUUGUUCAUGUUCUUCAUUUGCUAUAAAACAGUUCAUUUGG